GUUAUGUUUGAUCAUCAAAUCGUCUUCUACUUUUAAUAUCUUUCUAUUUGAACUUUUAUUUUACAUUGUUUUAAAGUUUGUCAUCAAAAUGAAAGCUAAAGGAGAUUUGAAGGAGUAUGAGGUAAUAGGUCGAAAAUUACCUACCGAAAAAGAAAAAACUACGCCUCUGUAUAAAAUGAGAAUUUUUGCUCCAGAUCGUAUUGUAGCUAAAUCUCGUUUUUGGUAUUUUCUAAGACAGUUAAAGAAGUUUAAGAAAAGUACUGGAGAAAUUGUAUCAUUGAAGGAAGUUCCAGAUAAAUCUCCUACUAAAAUUAAAAAUUUUGGAGUGUGGCUACGCUAUGAUUCACGUUCAGGAACGCAUAACAUGUACCGUGAAUAUAGAGAUACAACAGUUGCUAGUGCUGUCACAAAAUGUUACAGAGAUAUGGGAGCAAGACACAGAGCUAGAGCCCAUUCUAUUCAGAUUAUCAAAGUAGAAGUAGUAAAGGCCAAGAAUACUAGAAGACCACAUGUUAAACAAUUCCACGACAGUGAUAUUCGUUUUCCAUUGCCUCAUCGUGUUGAGGGUAAACGUCGUCGUUACAAUACUUUCUCUGUUCGUCGACCAACAACUAGCUUCCUUUAAUUUGGAUGUUAUAUUUGAUUUUUCUAAAUAAAUGAGGACAUUUAUUUA